AUAUAAACAGGGAUGCGUCCCAGCCUCUACUCACACUCCUCUUCCUCCUGCUGACGACCUGUUCUUUCAGUGCACGGUGGAAGCGACCAUGGCCAAGGACAUGACUCUGCUCUGGGGCUCCGGCUCUGCUCCGUGCUGGAGGGUGAUGAUCGCCCUGGAGGAGAAGAACCUGCAGGGGUACAACAGUGAAAUGCUCUCCUUUGAGAAGAUGGAGCAGAAGUCGGCGAAGGUUAUGGCCAUAAACCCGAGAGGCCAACUUCCUUCCUUCAAACACGGGGACUACAUCCUGAAUGAGUCCUACGGUGUCUGCUUGUACCUGGAGAGCCAGUACAAGAGCCAGGGUAGCAAGCUGAUCCCAGACUGCCCUGCAGAACAAGCCAUGAUGUACCAGCGCAUGUUUGAAGGGCAGGCGUUCAUCCAGAAGCUUGGAGAUGUUAUCUACUAUGACUGGAAGGUCCCGGAAGGGGAGAAACACGACUCUGCUGUGCAGCGAAACCGGCAAGCUUUAGGUGUUGAGCUCAAACUGUGGGAAGGAUACCUGGCGAAGGGGCCAGGCCCGUUUCUUUCUGGAAAGACCUUUUCCUUGUCCGAUGUCAUUGUUUUUCCAGUCAUUGCCAAUGCCUUCCACUUUGGGUUGUGUACUGAUCGUUACCCGAAACUGGCUGCUUAUUACAAUCAGUUGAAGGCCCGUCCCAGCAUCAAAAAGACAUGGCCACCAACCUGGAAGGGAGCACAAGCAGACACCAGACUCAAAGACAUCUAAGAUGCAAAAAAACGCUGGUUUCUACAAAGUGGUAAUCACUGUUAUACUGUAUAUCCACUUGUUACAUUGUACUUCAAUAGCAUAUUGUAUCAUUGCAGCAGCAGCAGCGUCUCAGCAGUUUGUAUGCUAUAAAAGUCAAUAAAAACGUACUUUUACAUGAA